AUGCAAGUGCCAUUCGUCUCGUUACGAACUAUUAAGACUCAGUUAUGGUGUGUGGUGAUUGUUGUGGUAGUGGCGAUGGUGGCAGAGGUGGCGAGUCUCAAUGGACCCAACGUGUGUAUGGUGAAGCAGAAAUACAACAUAACAAAACGAGUCAAAUACCGCGCUCCGAUGUCAGUGCGGACAUACGAAUGGUGCUUCUCCAUGCCUCCGAGGUGUUCGCGAUGGAACACCGAGAUGAGGGAACUUACCAGACUGGAGACAGACGAACGCACCGCUGAAGUGGCCGUGUGUUGUCCAGGAUACAAAAUGAAAGACGUGGCGUGCGUGCCAAUUUGUCCUAAUGGGAAGACGGGACCCGGGUGUUCAGAUGAUUGUCCAGAGAACAAAUGGGGACCCAAUUGUGUUAACAAUUGUACAAAUUGCUCCGGCCACGGAAAAUGCUCGCCGGUGACCGGAGAGUGUGAGUGCGAGGAAGGAUGGCAAGGUGAGAGUUGUGAAAGUCGCAUGUCAACCACUCAAGCCUCAACAACUUUGAUGGAGGAAGUACUAACAACAACAAAAUCCACAACUAAUACUAAUCCUUUACCAACCACAAGAACAUUUAAAAGUGCAACUACUGUUAGUAAUGCAUCAACUGUUAGCAGCACUGCUGUAGAAGUUACUACAUUAACAAAUUUGCUGUCUUCUACCAAUAGUCCUAGUUCUAUUAGCACAACUACAACUUCUCCUGUAUCUAUCACUUCCACCACAAUAGAUCCUUCAAUAAAAGAGCAAGCGUUGACUACGGAAAGUUAUUUAAUAACGUCAGAAAGAAACAUAGAUCACCAAAAUUUAAUCGGUAUAGAAAAAAUGAAUGAAAUUGUAAAAAGUACGAUGUCAUUAGCUGCAACAACAUCAACUCAUAAGUAUGACAGUUUUAGUCCAACAACAUCUGCGCCAUCUUCUUUAAAAAUUACAAACGAAGAUACAACUAGUAACGUGUUUUCACAAACAAUUGACAACAGGACUGAGACAUCGAUUGAGAUCGCCAGUACAAGUCUAAUUUCGGAAUCAACUUUUUCUACCUCUACAAAGAUGGUUCCAUUCACUGCUGACACAACAAAGUAUAAACCGUCUUCAAGUACAAUGGAAAGUAGAUUCGAUCCGAAUACAACUCUAUCAACUGUCACUACGACUACUGAAAAGGAAUAUACAACUAAAACUGAAACCACUAAAAAGCCGGAUAUUACAACUAAAGCACCGUCAACUAUAAAAUUGAAACCAAAAGAAAUAUGGAUCAAACCAGCACAGAAAGGUGAUUCCGUUAUAAUUGACUUUAAAAUUAAAUCAAAUCAUGAAUUAACACAUUUAAGACAUCGUGGUGCGACUAAGAAAGAGAUAACAUCAGAAUUUACGACACCUAGAACCAUAAUUGUUUCUAUCAUUCCGACAUCAGUUUCGUACGUCACCUUCAAAAAGAUAGCUCUAACAACAUCUUCAUAUUUACCUUCAAACAAUGCACUACCAAAAUCAAACAAAACUGAAAAUGGGUUUACAUAUUCAAUGGCACCUCAUACUUCUUUACCACCCCUCAUUAAAAAAAUAAUAUCCAAUACUUUUUCAAGAAACAUUACCUUUCCUACGACCUUUGCACCAAUUGUUUCCAAGAAUGCAACGAAAUUUGAACCGAUAUUUAAGGAAAAGGAAAUAGAUUCUAAUAUAACAAUUCCUAUAACUACAAUAACUAACAGCAUGACAAGCAUGGAGGAGAACACUUCAAGACAGAAUUCUUCUAACUCCUUAACAACAGUUUCAUAUUCAACUAACAGCCAGAUGACGUUAAUACACAAAAACCUGACUGACAUAGUGACUAAGAAACCCACCGCAAAACCAUUUAAAAGAAAUAGCAUUGAUUUUACAACAAAAGCAGUGGUGAUAAUUCCUACUCAUGUUUCUAUGAAAGAUGUUCCAGAAAACGUUUCCGAUAGGCUCCCGAAACUAAUAACAACCGAAUUACCAACAAAAAUAUCAAUACAUACGAAUAGUGCAGAAUCCAAUGAUAGUAUAAAAAAUAUUACCAAAGUUUUCAAUAAAACACAAUCAGUUACGACCGUGGAGCCAUUGGAAGAUGAAACCUUUCAUAUUUUGACAGAACCAGAACAUAUCACAGCAGUGAUGAGUGACAAAGGGCGUGAUAGGUCUUCGAUGGAUUUAAUAUCAGUUGUAAGCAUAGCGGGAGGGGUGAUGAUGGCGGUAAUCACCGUCGCGGUACUGAUUGUGAUGAUUGAACGUUGUAGACGACCGCGCUUCGAGGACGUGAGGAAAGUGAACGAUAUUCGAAUGCAAGUAAUGAUCGACAAUAAUGACAGUCCUCCGCCGUAUACGAGAAGUAUCUUCCAUACUCCUUUACCAGAGCCACCAUCUACGGAAAAAUGCCAUUAUCAACCAAUAUCCACUUUAGAUCGAAAUCUAAAACAGUUUAUGAGACCUGUGGUUGUUCAAAGCAUUUCUCCAAUAAUGUUAGAAAAUUUCAGAGGUAUCUUGGAAUGUCAUUAUGAUCAUUUGCCGCGAAGAAAUCAUGAUUUCGGAACUAUGCCAACUCGUUUUGUAACAGCACCAUCUAUGAGCUAUACUCAAGAACUACGAUAUCAGAAGUCUAGGUCCGUGACGGAUUCCACCAUUGACGCGUCAAGAUGCGAAGCAAAACUCGAUUCCAUAGAUUCUACCACAUCAGAACCAUUAUAUGCUGAGAUUCCUUGUUGGCGACCACCUUCUGAACAUGCCAUAGAAGUGGUUAAUUUAAAUGGAGAAGCAAUAACGGAAUUAUGA